AUGGCUGACAACAACUUCACCCUGGUUGAUCAUGAGAAGACAGAUAAUGCCCUUAUAAGUUCGGUGUGUGCCAACUCAAGAACUGCAGAUGACUUACAAGAGCUAUGGGAAGGUGCUUGGGCUCUCUGGAUGUUUUCAACUGGUUGCGAUCGGUCAUACCGACCAGAGUCAUCAGAGGCUCUUGAGAGGAUCACAGAGGGAAUGGAUCCUGAUGUCUCGAGCACCAAACACCCUAGAGAGGGUAACUCUUCCAGUGAAGAGUUGGAACAUUCUCCGAAAAGACAGCGGACAGAAAGCCUUACACGGAAGAUUUCAAAGCUUGCAAUCACUGCUCAGGGUGCGCUCUCACCCGUCGAUGCAGAAUCGCCAAAGUCGAAACGGAAACCUCUUCCCACACUUCCAGAAGAGACCCGGAAGAAAAGGUCCAAGCCACGUCUUAAGCCCCGAGCUAUAACACCAGAUUCUGGUGCAUCGGGUAGUGGACAUGCAACACCAAAGACCCCUAGCAAGCCCCAGCCACAGAGCGCCGCGCGCAGUCUGACAGUUGACUCAUCUUUCGAAAGCGGACCCAAGGUCUCAGGCAGCGGGUUGCGCCCCGUACCAGCAUCACCAAGUUUAGCUACGGCUCAGACAUCAGCUACCGUAAGGGUUUCGCAACCGGAGCCGGCGGACGAGCAGUUACCCAUCCUUCGAGGUGGCCCCAGUCCAUCUGGAAAAGUUUGGCAGAGGACGACUGCGCAAGAAAGAUCGCCGAACACGGCGAUCAAAUGGAAGUCUCUUGCAGUAACUGCGCUUCUCAGGGUAAUCCAUGCUUCAUCUGGCUUAACCGUCCAAAUCAAAGUUUCUGGCCAGGAAGGAGCAACUCACACUCAGGAAAGCAGAAUAGUUGCGAGUACACAAGGCGAAAAGCAGGCAGACAGGGAGGAUGAGAAAACAGACGAGGCGCUGUUGCUUGCAGAUAGCCACCUUUACCUAGUAACAUAA